AUGAUUAGUUCAACAUCUGGAGAUUCUUCGAGAAAUAUCAUAAAGUGGGUCCUCGUGCAAUGGCCAACUAAAAAACUUGAUAUAGUCCACAUGCGAUCUAUUUUGUGCCCUUCGAGGAAGGUGGAGGUCGGAAGAUAUGUAAACCUGCACUGGGCUGGGACGGAGAAUACGGCACUUGUGGUUGCGCUUUCACAUGAUCGUGAGAUGCUGGAAACUCUGAUGAAGAAACGAUCGAAAUCACCUGUAGCAGAUCCUAGCUGGAGCAGGAAGAUGGAAGAGAUCCAUAGGGAUUAUUCCCCGAGUGCUUCGUCUUGGGAGCCAAGUGACGAUGAAACUACGUCGUCGGCAGACUCCGAUGAGGACAUUCAAGAAAUCAGAAAGCACAAAGUUAUUGACAAGAAACGUCGACCAUUAAACCGACUUUCAAUGGAGAACCUAGUGACUCCAAAGCACAAGUCCACUCCAAUUAAAUCGCGUUCUGAGUCAUCAUUAAAGACUUUACGCAGAAAGAACGUAAAAUCCCAGGAUGGCAGAAUUAACAAGAGACGUACAGACAGAUCUUUACCGGCUUUGGCAAGAAACAUCAGAGCUGAGAGAAAUAAUCAGAAAAUUCGAUUAAUUAAAAAGGAUGAUUAUCUUUACCGUACUGAAAAUAUGCUAACGAGGUUUGAGUGCAUAAUGAAUUCGGUCGUAGAACGCAGAAAGAGUAUGUCGCCGAAGGCUCGGCGGCUGGAGGAGUCACCCGAGGCGCCACAAUGGCAUGAGUCGCUGAAGAUAUCUGAGUCGUCGAAGUCAUCGGAGUCACCGGAUGCACGUGCUGAUAAUAGGAAACAACAGCGAAAACAUAUGAACGGCUUUCUAGAUGAGGCUCAAGCUGGCCCCAGCCGCCCCGUGGAACCCAUGGAGGAAGAUCAUGAGGAUGUGUUUAAACGAUCAGAUGACGAGGUCCUCAUCAAUAACAAGUUCAGAAAAUUCAGAAAGUUCAGAAAAUUUCUCAAUAAAGAAAUUCGUAGAAUAAAAACGGAUAAAAAUCAAACUAUACAGGAAAGUAUGAAGAGGAUCUUAGACGAAAUUAAGCAAACUCUAGCAAUUCCCGAAUUUAAAGCCAAUGAGGAAAAUGAAAAUAUCAAUACCACCUUAGAACCAACAGACAAACCAGAUAAAGAAUGGAUCGGCAUUGGCACCGGAAAAACAUUGGUGCAUAAGGACAAGUUUAAAAAUGUCAAAUGGAAGUCCUACACGAUUGCCACAAGGUCUUUGCUUCUUGCAGUGUUCUCAAGACGAAUCUUGGCUACACACUCUUUGACUGGAAAAAAGUCGCCAGCCUUCCUUCACAAGCCAGCCAAAAUGUCCCUGGAUCCACAAGCAGUUUCUGAUGUGAUUAGCGAGAUUACGGAUAAAUUUGGCGUAGCAGAAAGUUUAGUUCGGGCCACCAUUACUACUAAGUGCGCCGAUGAGGCUAAGAUGCUCAGAAUGCGUCAUGGUAAAUGUGAAGAUGAACUCGAAAACAUCCCGCCGUCACCUAAUGCUGACAAAAAGGCCUAG